AUGGGAAAGGCAAAGAGUGCCGGAAAGCUGGCAGCAAAGGCUGCGAAAAAAGUCAAGCAGGAAAAACUUGCGGAUCGCAGAGCUACAAAGCAGAAGAAGAAGGGAGGAUCUAAGAAUGUGGAUGAGGUACAAGAAGAGGAUCUCGACGCAUUGCUUGCGCAAUAUCGUGCUGAAUGGGAGGAGAAACACACUUCAACAGAGGAGCACACGAAUAUUAUACCCAGUCGACGAGCAAAUGCGACAUUGACUCCAUGUCCUCUAGGGAAUGAUCUUUGGCUGUACGGGGGUGAGUAUUUCGACGGCGAAAGAUGCCUGUUUUAUCAAGAUCUAUUCCGAUAUAUCCCUGAGAAGAAUGAGUGGCGCUCAUACUCUAGCAAAAUUCAGCCUGGACCGCGCUCAGCACAUCAAAUGGUCGCGUCGCCAGCUGGUGGUGGACAAUUGUGGUGCUUUGGUGGUGAGUUUGCCAGCACCAAACAAACAAAUUUUCAUCAUUAUCGUGAUCUCUGGGUCUACUCAAUUGCCGAGCGAACAUGGGAGAAAGUUGAAACUAAAGUUCGACCCAACGCUCGAAGCGGUCACCGGAUGGCCAUGUGGAAGCACUUUAUCGUAUUGUUCGGUGGCUUUGUCGACACUGGAGCUCGUACCACGUAUCUGCAGGACCUUUGGGUGUUUGAUACGUAUGAAUACAAAUGGAAAGAAAUUAAACAGAAUGAUCUACGCCGUCCAUCGGCAAGGAGUGGCUUUUCGUUCUUGUCUACCCCUGAGGGCAUUGUCUUGUAUGGUGGUUAUUGCAAAAAGUACGUCAAGGGACAGCGGACCCAAGGUUUGGCUUUGGAGGAUGCCUGGUUUCUGCAAAUGGACGAAGAUUUAUCCAAGAUCGAAUGGGUUAAACGGAAGAAAAUUGGUUAUGCUCCGAACCCUCCUCGGUCAGGAUGCACUAUGGCAUUAUGGGCAAAUCGAAAUAUGGGCGUAUUGUUUGGUGGCGUCACGGACACAGAGGCCGAUGAAGAGUCGAUGGAAAGUACAUUUUGGAAUGACUUGUAUGGAUAUCAACUGCCCGGCACAGGCCGCUGGAUCAGCUUGAAUAUGCGCAAACCGAAAAAGAAGAAGAAUGCAGAGAUGAACGUCGAUGAUGAUCAAGAAACUGAGGAUCCCGCUACCAAAUUGCCUCUAGAGCGCUACAAUAGUAUGAUCGCAGUACAGCGCAAUACCUUGUACAUAUAUGGUGGCAUUUACGAAACGGGUGAUCGCGAAUAUACAUUGGAUGACUUUUACACCAUCGACUUGUCCAAAAUGAACAAGGUGGUAUGUCUGAAGGAGUGUCCCAUUGAUAAUCUCGAAUGGCACAGCUCUGAUGAAGAAGAUGAAGACGAAGAUGAAGAGGACGAAGAUGAACGAGAAGAAGACAGAGACGAAGAGCCUGAAGGUGUCGAAGACGUGCCCAUGGAGGAAGAGGCCGAGGAAGAUGAACUUUCGAAAGUGGCUAAUCUGCACUUAGAAGAUGAAGAACUAUCAGAAGAAGCCAAAAAAGAGCUAGAAAAACAACUUGCUUUGCGCCGGGAAGCUUCUGCUUUCAUGGGCGUCGUCAAGGAUACGCAUCGAUCCGAAGCGGACAUGCUCUCCACACCUGAGCCAGGUGAGGUGCUAAAAACCUUUUACGAAAGAACCAAACACUAUUGGGCAGCAAUCGUCCACGAGCAAGCUCAAGGUCUUUCUCGUGGAAAGCAGCUACGUCGUGACGGUUUCGAUGUACGUAUAUCCAUGUGCUGA